AUGGACGCUCGCAUUAGCGCAUGCGUAUUGCUGGCUAUAUGUUUGUCCUGGGUACAGAUAACGUUUCCUUACAACAUCCGGAACCACCCAUGUUGCCUGGAGCCCAACGAGAAUGUCACCCUGGCGAUGAUCAUCGACGCCUUCGAGAUCUACGGCCACGACCCCACCGACAAGCUGGACAACCUGUGGCUGUACCAGAAUGAGAUGAUGCGCAUCAAGACCGCUGAGGAUCAGUACCUAAUCAACGAAAGGGUCCACAUCGCAACAGACCACCUGGGGCGGUUCAUCAAGCUGCACAUCCAAGAGUUGAAGGUGCUCCUCAUCACCCUGGACGAUGUGGUGGACAACAUGCUCACCAUGUAUGAGAACCACAACUCGAUAGCUGCUGAGAGGAAAGCGACGUACACCGGCGGGCCUGUGCCUAUGGAAUUUUAUCUUAGUCAAGAAUACUAUUGCGGCAAAAACGUAUACAUCUUUGUGUCAGAAAUAUACAGCGACAUCUACAACAUGGGUAAGGGCGUAGCCCCGUAUUGCAAGGACCGGUCCUUCAUAUUCCUGGGCUUCCUCCACUAUCAUGACGAGGCCAAGUACUACCUGAUGGAUGACCCCAGCAUCAGCUUCCCGACAGACAACUUCCUGCAUGGGUUAGAGUGUCAUAUCGGCGUUUGUAUUUUCAGAUUCCCCUUCAAGAAGACCUUGCAGACAGUGCGGGACAUUCCAGCCAUGCCGAAGGCGAUCGUCAAGUGUGGUCUGGUCAUGUACAAGUUGCCUCCAUUGACGGCUGCGUCGUGCAUCAUCACCUCUGGCACCUUCAUCCUGGACUUCAAUAUUCAGGGUCUGCGGUACAGGCACCACGACUUUUUGUUGACGAUGCCAAAUGGCAACACAUACUACACGAAAGAGAAGACCACACCACUAGUCUGUGACCAUCACGUCUGCGAAUGGAACUACACCAACCAUUAUGGAGGCCCGUUCCUGAUCCCCGGAGACCCAGGCACGGGCAUCGACCUGGUACCGCCGUACAUUGAACCCACGCCCAAACCAGACGGCGACGACGAUGACAACAUUACUGUACCUUACGUACUGGACGGCUGCCUGUUCAUGUAUCCUCCUAACUACGGGUCCAUAGCUGGGAAGAGUUACAUGGAUGCCGUGGAGCUGCAUGACGACAGGUUCACCUGCAACGCUGCUGGAGGGACUAAGGGUCUAUACUGGUACCCGCAAUGGAUGGGCGCCGUGCCUCACCACCCAUAUCCCUCGUUGGAGGAAGGCAACAAGGGGGUAGGCUUCGACCCCCCGGGACCAUACUACCCCCACCAGUACAACGACCGUGAAGAAAAUGAUGAUGAUUAG